GCCGCGUCCUCUCACGGCGCUGGCGCAGCGAUGGCGGAGGCCGUGGAGCGCACUGAUGAGCCGGUCCGCGAGUACCUGCUCUUCCGCGGCUUCACGCGCACACUGCGGCAGCUGGACGCCGAGAUCAAGGCGGACAAGGAGAGGGGCUUCCGGGUGGACAAGAUUGUGGACCAGCUGCAGCAGUUAAUGCAGCUGUAUGACUUGGCUGCUCUUCGGGAUUGUUGGAGCUACCUGGAGCUUCCCGUGAUCCUGACCUUUGAUGCGGAGUGCCAGAGGACCAACCAGGUUCAAGAAGAAAAUGAAGUUCUGCGCCAGAAGUGUGUCGAGAAGAAGCCUGAAGCUAGUGGCCCAGAGGGAGAGCCCUGCCCAGAGCUCCACAUGGAGGCCCUGGAGACACUGACUUGGCCUUCCACAGCAGGCCCUGAGGGCGGAGGGGUCCGCCCCGAGCAGCUGUUCAUCGUGCUGGGGCAGGAGGAGUAUGGAGAGCACCACUCCUCCAUCAUGCACUGCAGAGUGGACUGCUCGGGGUGGAGGGUCACCAGCUUAGAUUUAGACGGGGUCAUCAAAGUGUGGUCCUUCAGCCCCAUCAUGCAGACCAAAGCGUCAUCUGUUUCCAAGUUGCCGCUGCUCUCUCUGGAGUGGGCCACCAAGUGGGACAGGCUGGUGAGUAACGUCUUGCCUUGUUGCUCGCUCUGCAGUCUAAGUGACGAAUUCCCCAGGGCUCUCCACCCGGCUCUGCCACCACAGGCCAAGUUGAGGCAGCUAAACCAGACCCCCUCCCUUCUCUCUCUCACUGGGAUCUUGGGGACCACACAUCCAAGACUGUCCCAGUGGGCAUCUGUUGGGGGGUGUGGUGUGGGGACAGUGCACCUUUAUGACAUGGAAGCCAAGAAGAAUCUCUGUGAAAUCACUGUCAACGACGAUAUGCCCACGUGA